ACAAUCAGACGCUACCUCUGUCGGCUCGCAGGCGACAUGUCAAAACUAUUACUUUUAGUACUAACCGCUGUUUACGCGGAAGCCUGCUAUUGGAACGCCCAGUGCCCUUAUCAGCUGUAUGGAUCCAAAACCCCAUAUGACACGAUCAGAGGAGAUAUCAGGGACUUCGCAACUCCGACAAAUUGCCAAGCAGUGUCAGUAUGGACCUUGAACCGGCACGGCAACAGAAACCCUGGCACUAGUGUGACCCUCGGUAUGAAGGAGAUCAUGACCCUCAAGGACGAUAUCAUCGCCAGCUAUGAAGCCGGCAGUAGCCAGCUCUGUGCACAGGAUAUCGAAGACUUCAAAAGAUGGAAAUGGAACAGCACACUAGACACAACGACCUCCUACCUCACGGGAGUCGGCUACGAAGAGUUGUAUGACAUUGGGAAGCGGAUCAGACAGAAGUACCCUCACCUGAUGACUGGAGCCGCUGACCGUUUCUACUUCAGGCCUACUAAUGAGCAGAGGACUAUUACCAGCUGUUCUGCUUUCGUCCAUGGCCUGACUGAUGGCAUCGGUCUUAAUGUCACCGUGGAAGCUGCAAGGUUGAGAGACGAUGUUAUUAGGCCGUACGAAAACUGCGAUCGUUAUCAAAAAGAAGUGAAAGGUGGACCAACUCUGAAUUAUCAACUGGAUUCAUAUUUUACAUCUCCUAAUUAUGUUGCGAUCCAAAACGCAGUCCAGUACCGUCUAGGCCUGACUUCGAAGCUUAACUCCUCAGAUCUGUUUUCUAUUUACGAGCUGUGCCGAUUCUACCGUUCCUGGGAUCCAACUCUGAAGUCUCCUUGGUGUUCAGUCUUCACUGAUGAGGAACUUGUCAUCAUGGAGUACUAUGACGAUGUCAGGCAUUAUUAUAGAAACGGAUAUGGAUCAUGGAUCAACGACAACCUAGGUCGUCUGCCACUGAAAGACCUGUACGACAGCUUCUCCAAGUAUGUUGAGGGGGGUGGAAAUAAAGUCACCGGUUAUUUCACCCACGAUACCAUGAUGGAGAUGGUUUUCUGUGCCUUGGGACUGUACAAAGACGACCCACCACUACAGGCCCUCUUAAUGGACGCCGACAGAUCCUGGAGAACUAGCUACAUUGGUGCCUUCUCUGUUAAUUUGGUGGCUGUGUUAAAUAGCUGCACGAAUACUAACAUAAACCCAGAGUACCGAGUCCAAAUCUUCAUAAAUGAGAAAGAGACGCCAAUCUGUCCCCUGAGUGGGUGCAGCUGGGCUGAGUUCCAGGAAAAGUUCAAGCAUUUCUCGCAAGCUAACCUGGAUUUCUGUAGCAUGGGUUUUGUACCUGACCAAGAGAAUGAGGCAUCACCUAACAGUGCUGCGCCGACUAAAGGAUUCUGGAAUUAUUGGUAACUGAGUGAACUAGACAUAAUAGACUUAGUUGUGAAAGAAUGGCAUAAUGAGA